AUGAAAAUAAACGUUCGCGAAAUCGUGUAUCACAAGACCCCUCGGGCCAACGAAGAGUACAGGAUGGGAGGAUAUCAACGCCAUCUAUGCGACGAGGAUAUGCAGCUCGUACAGACUGCUUUGCGAAAUACCAGAUUCGUGGGCCAAAAGACGGAUAGUGUGGUCAAUAUGCUGAUCAAUGAUAAGAUCCGUGGCAUAUUUCUUGCACAAGCCUUGACCACAAUUGUUAUUUCUGGGUCAACCAAUCUUAUAUCGCUGGCAAUGACACGACCUUUCAAUGAAGAAUCCUUCCUCUGGUGGUUUCCCGGUCGUUGCAAUGAAGACGACUACGCCCACUUCUCCCUGGACAAGUUUCUGCGCCACGCUAAUGUCGACCCGGAGGGUAAGCCGUAUCUUGACAACCUCCGCGACGUAUACAUCAUCAACGAAUACCCAACCCUUAAAAAUGUGCAUGACAAUUAUUAUCGAACCGACUUCAUGGGCUGCCUUCCAUUUUCUGGCCAUUUGCUAGCAAUCGAAUUUGUCGUUAAGCAGGAUCUGCAUCAACCAUUCCUCUUUACACCCUGCUUACUUGGCGAGGUUGAUCGGGAGUUCCAGUAUAGGAUUGGGGGUAGAGCCCCCGGGGGCCACGGGCACCACUUUUUCACACCCCUGCCCGUUUUCAAAUUACGUUACCAGCACAAAAAUACCCUGGAAAGUCUUGAUCUCGAUGUUGAAAGCCACCUUCCGAUGUUGAAAGAUUGGGAUGAUAAGAACAUUGAAGAUGACUCUGUGGAGAUGAAUCCCGGAUGGCUGACUGAAGAAGAGGAAGCCCUUGAGUUUCGCUUUCUCACCUCAAUAUGGAAACUUGAAGGAUCACUCCAGGAUUUAAGCGCCCUGAAAAGCCUAAGUAUAGGCAUUGGACUAUUACUGUUCUUCACCAGGGGCGUUCAUGUCAACCCCAAAAAAAGGCGAGCGUCAUUCACAUUGGCAGACUGCCUGCCGGGAAAUUUGGAAUUCUUGUGCAUUCAAGGAUACGAGAAAGGUCUCAAUGAAACUUCGGAAACGCAAAUGGACCAUUUGCUGGCCUACUAUAAGUCGGGGAACUUGAACCUGAAGGAGAUCACGGGAAUAGAGUAG